AUGGGAUGGGAUGAUGGCGUCGACACGCUGUUGCCAACGAGCAAAAAGGUCGCCCACCCCGAAUACGUCAGCGGCGCGUGCUUGCCGCUCUUUUUCGGCAGCGAGCGCGAGGCGUAUUCGUAUUAUAUUGGGCAGAGAUACCUCCGGAUCGAGGCGCGGACCCUAACCCUGAUCGUCUGCUUCCUGCCCACCUUCGCGCUCGUCUCGUGCAUCUUCCUGGCGUUGUUCUUCCACUUUGACGAGGCCACGAACACGCACUGCCACGUCCCGAACAUUCUGCCCUCGAUCUCGACGGUCAUCGGCGGCUUCUGGGAGACGAACUUCAUCUGGAGCUGGGCCAUCUAUCUGCACGCCCUUCCCAGGUUAAUCCCGGCGUUCGCCUACAACAACGUUUUCAUCCCGAGGGCCCCGCGGAGAGGCCGGUUGACGUGGUUUUUGAUAAGACUUCACGCCACCCUGAGCCUCGUCGAGCUGUCCGCGCUGCUGUCGUUGACCUACUACAACUCGGACUACAACCACCUCUACCACGUCGUCUCGUUUUCCAUCUUUGGCUCGACCUCCCUACUCUACGCCCUGGUCCACCUGACGCUGUGCCGGCGGCUGGAGCUGCACGUCCAGACGAAGCUUCAAAUGCAGGCGUGGAGGCUGAAGAAACGUGCCUUUUGCCUCUCGGUCUCGUGUCUGCUCACCUGUUUCUACCUCUUCUACCGCCAUAAUGCCUACUGCGAGCCGUACGUCUUCUCCGUGUUCUCGCUUUUCGAGUAUUCCUUCGUGCUCUCCAAUAUUCUGUUCCAUUCCACUUUUCGGCUCGAUUUCCACGACCGUUGCUUGUACAUUUCG